AUGUCGCAUCCCACCAUACAGAGCACGUCACAUUCUAUUUUUGACAACCUGAUAUCGUCAAUGAUCCAGGAUAUUGUAGCAAGAACCACAACGCAAGCACACGCCUUAAGAUUUAGAUAUGGAAUUGAUCCGAAACCCUACCAUUACGACAAGUCAGGUAAUCUUGAUAUUCACGGCAUGCCUAAGCAGCUGGACAGUUCCAUUUAUUUCCAUUGUGAUAAUUGCAAUAGAGAGGUCUCAGCAAACCGGUUCGCAGCACACGUUGAACGGUGCUUGACGCGUGGGAGGAGAACCUGA